AUGCAAAGUGCUAUGUUCCUGGCUGUCCAGCACGACUGCGGACCCAUGGACAAAAGCGCUGGCACCGGGCCCAAGAACGAGGAGAAGCGAGAGAAGAUGAAGCGAACCCUAUUAAAAGAUUGGAAGAGCCGUUUGAGUUACUUCUUGCAAAAUUCCUCCUCUCCUGGGAAGCCCAAAACUGGCAAGAAAAGCAAACAGCAAACCUUCAUCAAGCCUUCUCCCGAGGAAGCCCAGCUGUGGUCAGAAGCAUUUGAUGAGCUGCUAGCCAGUAAAUAUGGUCUUGCUGCAUUCAGGGCUUUUUUAAAAUCUGAAUUCUGUGAAGAAAAUAUUGAAUUCUGGCUGGCCUGUGAAGACUUCAAAAAAACCAAGUCACCCCAAAAGCUGUCCUCAAAAGCAAAGAAAAUAUAUACUGACUUCAUAGAAAAAGAAGCUCCAAAAGAGAUCAACAUAGACUUUCAAACCAAAUCUCUGAUUGCCCAAAACAUACAGGAGGCUACCAGUGGCUGCUUCACAACUGCCCAGAAAAGGGUGUACAGCUUGAUGGAGAACAACUCUUAUCCGCGUUUCUUGGAGUCAGAAUUCUACCAGGACUUGUGUAAAAAGCCGCAGAUCACCACAGAACCCCAUGCUACAUGA